AUGAUUCUCCAGCGCAACGGGUUCCGGUUACUUAACGGCAUGGAAUUUGGCACAGUACUGAACGAUAUGGAAAAGGCGAACGCAGUAACUCACCAGUUUCGCUUGCUUUUGCUGCUCUUUAACGCACCACGUGUCAGUGCAGUUAGAAUGCGUUGUGUGGGAUACUCGUGUACCAUCACGGAUGUAAGAACUGUCGAAGAACUCUUCGUGAUGCAUUACAUACCGGCAAAAAUUCGCUUUACUACGAUGGAAAACGUACAGAUCAAACAUCUCCACACAUCCUGCAUCGAUCAGGUGCAAAGUAAAUUUCGUAGUAUUCAUAUACAUAAAUCUAACACACUGUCCGUAUUGACCGUUUCGGCAGCGGCAUCAUGGUUAAGUCUGACAUUCAGGUAUACCGGUCUAAAGGACAUCAUUUUUGAAAAACACUGCAAACUGGAAACUUUAACCGUUGCGUACAGCAGGCUGGUGACAAUACCGGCCACCAUUUACCGAGGAACGGCACUGACAUCCAUCGAAAUGACCCAUUCCGCUAUCCAAACGGUUGAAAUGGCGCUGUUUUGUAAUUUAUCGCGCCUGAAAAAGUUGAACCUCAGUGCAAACAAAGUACGCACCGUGGUGAAUAGUGGUUCGAGAACAUGUACAGUGUACGAUUCCCUGGAAGAAUGGAAUAUGUCUCAGAAUUUGUUAAAAACCAUAAGCAUGACUCUGUUUAGACCAUACAGGAUGCUUCGUGUGUUGCAUCUAAAGAAAAACUUAAUACGACUAUUCGCCGGAAGCUUUGCGUCCGAUAUGCUACAGAGCCUAGAUAUUUCCGAUAAUAAGUUGAAAGUGUUUUCACUAUGUCAGUGGAGGAUUCCGUUUCUUACCGCGCUUUCGCUAAACGACAACCAACUGUCAAAGCUUCCUUUCUGCUUAGAUAAUCUUAAAACCCUAGCAAAGCUGGAAAUGGAUGACAAUCAGCUGGAAGAUAUCGACUUUAUUGAUAUGGCUUGGAUGGAUAACUUGGAGAAUCUUAAUCUGUCUGGUAACAAGCUUCGUUCUCUAACACUUAACAGUUCUGACUUUCCAAUGAAGUUGAAAAAAUUGUGCAUUGAUGGUAACAAUAUAACAAAGCUUCAGCUACUUGUCGUACCGGGAGUUGCGUUGGCGGUGAAUGCACAAAAUAAUCAGAUUACCGAUUUCGACAAAAAUGCAACAUCACCAAAAAUCAGUGAGCUUGAAAUGAAAGGUAAUCCGAUGGAUUGCUCGUGGAAGAAUUUGGAAAGCCGGAUGAAUAGUGAGUGUUACCGGGACACGUAG